AUGUCUUCACUUCUGCCAGCCCCCUUUCAUUCGAUCCCGAGAAUUCACUACGAACCGACUGUAUUGCGAAUGCCUGGAGACUGCUUCAACAAACGGAUGCCUCGGAUUCUUCGUCUAUCAACUUUCACAAUAUUGAAGAUUUUUGCACCAGUGCCUUUCAAAAUCCUUUUGUGUAACGAGUUACUGCAGCUGGCGUACUCGUCGCUAUGGAAGUCACGCUCAGUAAAUGGCCUGAAAUCCCAGAAAACAGACAGCAAACUGCUACCACUCUUCAGAAGUUCGAUUUGCACAUCAUCUUCGUGCGAAAUGUUGCAACUUCAGCUUAAGACGGAGGGACUAGUUAUGUUUACUCGAAUUUUCUUCCCAGGGACGUUUCGAGCGAUGAAAUUUUACCGCUUUACAAUCAAGCUCAGCUGCGGUUAUGCGAAGGCGAUGAUAUGGGACAGUUGGUAUACCAAGAGUGAAAUGGAACAAUUAUGGAGUUCUGUUCACCGCUGGGGGGCGGAGCUCACGAAAAGAGCGGUGCUAGAUCUAUCAGGUUUUUAUGCAAAGGUGGCGCAAGUUUUUGCGACGAAAGCAGACUUGCUUCCAAGAGAGUACACUCAAGCUCUCAGCUGCAUUUUAGAUAAAUGUGUGCCGAUGUCUAUUUUUGAAGUCGAGAGAAUAAUAGAACUGGGUCUGAAGGCUCCGCUAAACCAUAUAUUUAGAUAUUUUGAAGCACGGCCUGUUGGCGCAGCGACAAUCGGACAAGUACACGAGGCUAUCACUUUUGACGGGCAACGUGUCGCUGUAAAAGUGCAAAAUGUUCGUAACAAAAAGCUGAUGAAGUUUGAUUUACGCAACAUGCUCUUUGUUUCCAAGAUGAUGGACAAGUUGAAUAUCUUCCUACCUUUUGAUCACACAAGUAUUCUAUUAGAAUAUUCCUCUCAGGUACCUCUUGAGUUUGACUUCGACAGGGAACAACGCAUGAUGGGCGUCCUAGGAGAGUCUAUUUGUAAAAACAGUAAGGUCAUGGUUCCGAAGCCAAUUGAUGGGUUCUGUUCGUCACAUGUUAUUUCAAUGACUUUUAUGGAGGGACAUUCACUUUCAGAGAUAAUAUCGUCAGGUACUUGGACAAACUCCGCGAAGAUUUUCAUGCAACUGCAGAAAAGUUUGGCCCAACUUUUGGCCAGUUUUGGUUUCCAGAUUCUCGAGUUGGGUAUGUUUCAUAGUGAUCCUCACCCAGGCAAUAUACUGUAUAAUUUCGAGCAAAUCGGUUUGAUCGAUUUUGGCCAAGUAAAAAUAUUGCCUGACAAGACGCGCGCCCUGUUCGCGCACUUGGUUCUAUGUAUGAAUGAGGAAUCAGACCAUCUUUAUGAAAUAUUGAAAGAGCUGCAGAUAGAGUUCACAACAUCGGAUAAAAACUUGAUAAGAACGAUCGCAUUCAUAUUAUUCGAUACCCGAAUGGACAUUCCAGAGGCGAAAUUAUCGCCACUCGACAGUGAAUUUCCACCAGAGCUACGUGGUGUGCGCAUCAGUUCCAUUCAUACAGAUGUAUUCAUGCUAAUUCGUGUCAUUGCGAUUUUUCGUGGCAUCUUUGCCGCGUUGAAUAUCGAUUUGCACGCUAGGAAAAUUUGGGCUGAAAGUGCACGGCGUGCGGUGUGCAGUUCGACAUAUAGGUAUACUUUCACUCGGACGGCACCAGCACUGACUAGUGGCGGAACUUUUGAGCGACUAAAGAUCUUAAGUGGUUGGCUGGCCGAUCGUAAGUUGCCCAGUGAACGAGAACAUAUUUUGUCGUUCGCUCAGGCCAAGUUGUUUUCACUCGACGACCUCAAAAGAGCUGUCAAGCGAGAAGACAAGAAAGCUUUGAUGAUUGCUUUUGUACACUUUUCUCGCGAAGAUCGGCUUCGCUGUAUAGAAUAUCUGUCCGAAUGA